AUGGGUCACAUCCUGGCCUGGAGUGGCAGUUCCCGCUCGCUUGAACUGCUGACGAACGUCCUUUUGGGCUCCGCUCUCGCUUUCGUCUCUCGCCCAUUUCCCCCUUCAACCCAAAAGUUUCUUUGUUUGUUGAGAGCUCCGUUUCUACUUAAAACUUUACGUACCUUCCUCCCGGCUAAUCUAAAGCAACCUUCGACCUUCGAUAUUUUUGCCCUUGGUGGAUGGUUUCGUACCUUUCGAAACACCAGUCAAUAUAAUACGUUGCUCCCAACUUACAAUAUCACGAUGGUACGACCAAACAAUAGUGGCCGAACACCCCAAUACACUGCGACUCAGUCUAGAACGGAAGUUAUGCGUGGACAGAACCACGAGCGAAAGCGACAGUUUGGCAGGGGCAUGGGCAUGGGUAUUGGAGUUGGGGGAUGGUGGUUGCGGACGACGUUGACGACAGUGCUGCUGUUGUCAUGUGCAAUUGGAAGCAGUAAUGCGGCGGAUAUGGCAUAUUGCUCUAGUCUCAAUACUGCUGCAAGCUCAUCACCAAUGACCGAUACAUUCCAAAGUAAUGGCCUCUGUACCAAUUAUUGUGAAGCCGAUUAUGCUUUUGCCAUUCUCCAAGGCUCAAAAUGUUGGUGUUCAAAUUAUGCACCAUCUUCAACAACCACAGGCUGUACUCAAUCAUGCCCUGGAUACGGACAGGAAACAUGUGGAAGUGUCACGAAGAACGUCUUCGGCUACAUUGCUCUUUCAAACGUUCCACCGAGUGGCACUGUUGGCUCCUCUUCAUCGACCGCGUCUUCGACAUCAUCGUCAUCAACAAGUACAACAUCUGCACCAACUACUACAACCACUUCUACCACUAGCUCUAGCUCUACUUCCACGACCGAAACCCCUAGUCUUUCCCAUCAGCAACCGCGACAGCAGAACCAUCCGCGAGUGGUGAUAACUUCUUCUCGCAACCCGGACGAGUUGCAGGUGUUUUCAAACAAACAAAGAAACUCGAUGCAUGGUGGUCCAGAGGCUGCCGUUAUCCCCGCCGGUGGCGCAGGUGUUAUGGCUGGUAGUCGUCGGAGGUCUCGCUCUUUGAGCACACUGGGUCUAAUGGGGGAGAAAGGAUUCCACUCAGUAGAUACUGCGCCCUCAACAGGCCCGCCCAACAUGGCAGGAUUGAAUGGGGUGGGAACCGCUGCUGCAAGAGGGCCUGAUGGGACCAAAUUAGUCGAUCAACGGCUUGAUCCUAGCCAGCUAUAUCUACGAUACGAUCCUGAUACUGGAAGUUCACGAAUGAGUGUGAGGAGUUUGAGAGACGACGCUGAUUAUUCGAGACGGGUCUUGCGGCUGGCAAACCCUGACGAUUAG